AAUAUUUCAAAAAUUAAUAAAUAUCAAAAUAUAUUUGUUAUUUUGAUAAGUUUUAUUAAAGAAUAACAUGUUUUGUUUUAUAUUCUUUGAUUAAAAAGUUUAUAAGAUCUACAAAGAGAAACAAUACUCUCUCAUUCUUAUUUUUCCCCUUAGAUAAACCAAAUAGAAAAAGCAAUUGAACUCAUAUGUGAACAAUCAUGUAACCACAGUGAAGCCAAGAAGUGAAUCCGGUAGGAUUAGGGAUAUAUAUCCCACAUCGGGAAUUCUAAAGGACAUUAAGUAAUAUAUAUAAAGAGUUAGGGUCAAUCCACUAAUUACCAAUUGGUUUUAAGUUUGAAGCCCAUAAUAAACCUGAAUCUAAUAUGGUAUCAAAGCUCAUAUCCUAAAUACCCUAAACUCCUAAUUAAAAUUAAUCCUUCCGGCCGGGUAUAAAGGUCGUGAUUAAUCCUUCCGACCGGGUAUAAAGGUUGUGUUAAACUCGCUCGACCAAGUUAUAAAUGUCCUAAAAAGUUUCGAGAUUUCUGGCCGAUAAGAGUCAUCAUCUCAAGGAGAGGUAUUAGGGAUAUAUAUCCCACAUCGAGAAUUCUAAAGGACAUUAAGUAAUAUAUAAAGAGUUAGGGCCAAUCCAUUAAUCAUCAAUUGGUUUUAAGUUGGAAGUCCAUAAUCAACCCGGAUCUAAUAGGUAGAAUUCGACAAUAUCGGACGAUCAGUUCGAAAAGAUUGGCUCCUCAAGAAUAGUUUGUGCAUGAAAGACAUCCUUAUCUGAAGCCACCAAGGUCACCGAAGGCGACGAGAGAAAACUGCCAGCCACCAAAGCAAGACUCGAUGUAGAUGUGGUUUUUGAGAAAUAUGAUUCAUAUUAAAGAUAACUUAGUUUUGGGGUGGUAGAAUUAUGCUGGUACUUCCGAAACUAAAAGCGCACAUUACUUUCCCACAUCACCUGCCAGAAACUACCAAGCGAUUGAAAGUCUUCCUGUUGGCUGAUCUUAAUCUUGCAAGUUUCUUAUUACCGCCUUUCAUUUUUAAUGAUUCUUUUAUAUUUCAUAUCUUUAGAUAAUCUGUUCCCUUUUUUACUUCAGUCACAUGAAAGCAAAUAUUGAUCGGCCACUGAUAUCUAAGAAGGCAACAUGUUAAUGUCACGUGAACAUUAAUUCGAGUUUCAACUUCUCAAGAUUUUAGGGUCAAUAGUUGACAUCUGAAUAGUUUAGUGCUCAGCUCAUCUAGUGAGUAUUGAUAUGUCUAGUAUCAACCAGUGGCUAACAAAAGCUUAAUAUUUAAUAUAGAAAACAAUUUAAAGAAAAAUGGUUAUACUUUUCUAUUAGUAGUAAAGAAUAUCAUAUUAUAGUCAACCAACUGGAUUACAAGUCAACCACUUUUGAACUACAAAUACGUCCACAAACGCUCCUCGUUUCUUCAGACAAAUCUCUAUUUCUAAAGAGUCGCUAUAAGUUAACUCUAAAACGUUAAAAUGGCGAUCCAAAACGCGAUUCUAAAACACGCUCUUAUUCAUGUCCUCUUUAUUUUAGCAAUUUUGGCCGAGAAUGCGUUCUCACAAAAUUGCAUGGAUACUAGUUGUCCUGGCCUAAAGCAAUGUUGCAGCAGAUGGGGUUCCUGUGGCACCGGAGAAGAUUACUGCGGAUUCUUUUGUUUCAGUGGACCUUGCAAUAUCAAAGGUAAAUCUUACGGCUAUGACUAUAACGUGGAUGCAGGACCGCGUGGUAAAAUAGAGAGUAUCAUCACACCAGCGUUGUUCGACAGCAUCAUGAGCAAAGUUGAAAGCAACUGCUCUGCAAAAGGAUUCUACACUUAUAAAGCUUUCAUUACCGCUUUCGAAUUAUUUGGAGCUUACAAAGGAAAAGUGGCUAAACGCGAGAUCGCCGCCAUAUUUGCUCAUUUCUCGUAUGGAUCUAAAGGCUUUUGUUACAAAGAAGAAAUAUCUCCCGAGAAGUACUGUUCAAAGAGCAAGAAAUACCCUUGUGAACCAGGGAAAUACUACUAUGGUCGCGGUUUGCUCCAAUCAAUCACGUGGAACGAGUAUUAUGGUGCGGCUGGCAAGCACUUAGAGCUACCUCUACUGAAGGAUCCAGAUCUGGUGGCUCGUAGCCCAGAAGUGGCUUUCAAGUUCGCCAUGUGGUUUUGGAAUAGGAACGUGCGUCCAGCUUUGUACUUAGGAUUUGGAGAAAUCACAAAGAGGGUCGAUGGCCGAGAAUGCAGUAACUGGCGUCGCGACGGUCCGGAUAGCAAGGUCAAACAAUACAUAGAGUUCUGCAAGAUGCUUGGGGUAACUCCUGAUCAAGGUCUCGAUUGUUUUUAGUGACUAAUAUGCUAUCACUACCAUUUAAAAAAAAAUAAUAAAAAAAAAAUAUAUAUAUAUAUACACUACUUGUAAUAAUUCGAACCUAUCUACCUCAAGGAAUCUAUGAAUUUUA